AUGGUUUCUAUUCACGAGAAGCCAUUCACAUCUGUCCUUGAGGAGGUGGUGGCACCUGGAGUAUUAACUGAAUCGGAAGUUAAGGAGCAUGUCAUGUCUAAAAGUCAAGAAAGGAUAGUAUCUCCAUCUGAAGAGGUUUCAGCACUGGGUGAUGUAAAGCUGGAAUCACCUGUUGUUCAGGGAAUAGGGUUGGAACAAAGAGUUAAUGAGCAAAACUCGCCUGAAGCUAUGAAGAUAUUGGAUAUGGAGAGAAAAUUGCAAGCAGAAGUUAAUGAGGCCUCAUCACUUGAAGACCAUUUUGCAUUUGAAGUUGAGUUCACAUUGGAACAUGAAGUUGAGAGAAUAUUGGUGCCUGAACCAAAAGUGAUUCAGGAAGAGACAGAACCUAGUAUGGAAGAAGAGCCAAAAUUAAAACCAAAAGUGAUGGAAGAAGCAAAACCAACAAUGGUGCCAGAAGAACCUAAACUAACAGUGAUGCAAAAAGUGCCACAGUCAGCACUAGAGGAGGCAGAACCUAAAUCAACAGUAAGGGGGACAGAGACAAAAACAGCAGACAUAAAAGUCGAACCAAGGAUGAUGACGGCAAAGCCAGCACCAACAGUGGUGGAGGCAGAGACAGAACCAACAGUGAUGGAGCCAGAGCCAGAACCAGCAGUGGAGAAGACAGAGCCAGAACCAGCAGUGGUGGAGGCUGAGCCAGAACCAGCAGUGGAGAAGACAGAGCCAGAACCAGCAGUGGAGAAGACAGAGCCAGAACCAACAGUGGUGGAGGCAGAGCCAGAACCAGCAGUGGAGAAGACAGAGCCAGAACCAGCAGUGGAGAAGACAGAGCCAGAACCAACACCAGAACCAACAGUGAUGGAGGCAGAACCAGAACCAACAGUGGUGGAGGCAGAGCCAGAACCAACAGUGAUGGAAGCAAAACCAGAACCAACAGUGAUGGAAGCAGAACUUGAACCAACAGUGGUGGAGGCAGAGCCAGAACCAACAGUGAUGGAAGCAGAACCAGAACCAACACCAGAACCAACAGUGAUGGAAGCAGAACCAGAACCAACAGUGGUGGAGGCAGAGCCAGAAUCAACAGUGAUGGAAGCAGAACCAGAACCAACAGUGAUGGAGGCAGAGCCAGAACCAACAGUGAUGGAAGCAGAACCAGAACCAACAGUGGUGGAGGUAGAGCCAAAAUCACUAGUGAUGGAGGCAGAACCAGAACUAAUGGUGGAGAAGGAAAAGCCACAAGCAACAUUGGCUGAACCAACAGUGGUGGAGCCAGAGCCAACAGUGCUGGAGGCAGAGGCUGAACCAACAGUGGUGGAGCCAGAGCCAACAGUGCUGGAGGCAGAGGCUGAACCAACAGUGGUGGAGCCAGAGCCAACAGUGCUGGAGGCAGAGGCUGAACCAACACCUGAACCAAAAGUGGUGGAGGCAGAGCAAGAACCAACAGUGGUGGUGGCAGAGCCAGAACCUACAGUGGUGGAGGCAGAGCCAGAACCAACAGUGGUUAAGGCAGAGACUGAACCAACAGUGGUGGAGGCAGAGGCUGAACCAACAGUGGUAGAGGCAGAACCUGAACCAACAGUGGUGGAGGCAGAGCUGACCCAACAGUUGUGGAGGCAGAGCCUGAUCCAGCAGUGGUGGAGGCAGACAGUGGUGGAGGCAGAGCCAGAACCUACAGUGGUGGAGGCAGAGCCAGAACCAACAGUGGUGGAGGCAGAGCCAGAACCAACAGUGGUGGAGGCAGAAGCUGAACCAACUGUGGUGGAGGCAGAGGCUGAACCAACAGUGGUGGAGGCAGAGGCUGAACCAACAGUGGUGGAGGCAGAGCCUGAACCAACAGUGGUGGAGGCAGAGGCUGAACCAACAGUGGUGGAGGCAGAGGCUGAACCAACAGUGGUGGAGGCAGAGGCUGAACCAACAGUGGUGGAGGCAGAGGCUGAACCAACAGUGGUGGAGGCAGAGGCUGAACCAACAGUGGUGGAGGCAGAGGCUGAACCAACAGUGGUGGAGGCAGAGUCUGAACCAACAAAGGUGGAGGCAGAGGCAGAACCAACAGUGGUGGAGGCAGAGGAUGAACCAACAGUGGUGGAGGCAGAGGCUGAACCAACAGUGGUGGAGACAGAGGAUGAACCAACAGUGGUGGAGGCAGAACCUGAACCAACAGUGGUGGAGGCAGAGCCAGAACCAACAGUGGUGGAGACAGAGGAUGAACCAACAGUGGUGGAGGCAGAGGCUGAACCGACGGUGGUGGAGGCAGAGCCUGAACCAACAGUGGUGGAGGCAGAGGCUGAACCAACAGUGGUGGAGGCAGAGGCUGAACCAACAGUGGUGGAGGCAGAGGCUGAACCAACAGUGGUGGAGGCAGAGCCUGAACCAACAGUGGUGGAGGCAGAGCCAGAACCAACAGUGGUGGAGGCAGAGGCUGAACCAACAGUGGUGGAGGCAGAGGCUGAACCAACAGUGGUGGAGGCAGAGGCUGAACCAACAGUGGUGGAGGCAGAGGCUGAACCAACAGUGGUGGAGACAGAGGAUGAACCAACAGUGGUGGAGGCAGAGCCAGAACCAACAGUGGUGGAGACAGAGGAUGAACCAACAGUGGUGGAGGCAGAGGCUGAACCAACAGUGGUGGAGACAGAGGAUGAACCAACAGUGGUGGAGGCAGAGGCUGAACCAACAGUGGUGGAGACAGAGGAUGAACCAACAGUGGUGGAGGCAGAGGCUGAACCGACGGUGGUGGAGGCAGAGCCUGAACCAACAGUGGUGGAGGCAGAGCCAGAACCAACAGUGGUGGAGGCAGAGGCUGAACCAACAGUGAUGGAGGCAGAGGCUGAACCAACAGUGGUAGAGGCAGAGGAUGAACCAACAGUGGUGGAGAGAGAGCUAGAACCAACAGUGGUGGAGGCAGAGCUAGAACCAACAGUGGUGGAGGCAGAGGCUGAACCAACAGUGGUGGAGGCAGAGGCUGAACCAACAGUGGUGGAGGCAGAGCCAGAACCAACAGUGGUGGAGGCAGAGGCUGAACCUACAGUGUUGGAGGCAGAGGCUGAACCACCACCUGAACCAACAGUGGUGGAGUCAGAGCCUGAACCAACAGUAGUGGAGUUAGAGGCUGAACCAACCAUGGUGGAGGCAGAGACUGAACCAACUGUGGUAGAGGGAGAGCCAGAACAUAUGGUGGUGGAGGCAGAGCCAGAACCAACAGUGGUAGAGGCGGAGGCUGAACCAACAGUUGUUGAGGCAAAGUCUGAACCAACAGCGGUAGAGGUAGAAGCUGAACUAAGAGAAGUGGAGGCAAAGACAGAACCAACAGUGGUGGAGGUAGAGCCAGAACUAACAGGGGUGGAGGCAAAGACAGCUCCAACAGGGGUUGAGGCAGAGGCAGAAUCAACUGUGGUGGAGGCAGAAACAGAGCCGGCAGAAGCAGAGCCAAAUCCUGAAGUUGAACCACCAUUUAUUGAGGCCAAACCAGAAUCAACAGCUGGGGAGGCAGGGGCAGAACCAACAACGGUUGACCCUGAGCCAGAACUAACAAUGGUGGAGGCAGAGUCAGAACCAACAGUGGUGGAGGCAGAGUCAGAACCAUCAAUGUUAGAGGCAGAGUCAAAAGAAACAGGUGUUGAGGCAGAACCUGAACCAAAAAUGGUGGAAGCAGUACCAACAAUUUUGGAGGCAGAUCCAGAACCAUUAAUUGCCGACUCAGAGCCAGAACCAACAGUGAAGGAGGCUGAACCAGGGCCAAGAGUUACAGAGGCAGAGCCAGAACCACCAGCUGUAGAGGCAAAGCCAAUAGCAACAUUGGCAGGGGAAGAAGCAACAGAGCCAGAACCAACAGAGAAGGUAGCAGAGACAAUAGUGGUAAAGGCAGAGCCAGAACCGACAGUGGUGGAGGCAGAGCCAGUACCAACAGUGCCAGAACCAACAGUGUUGGAGGCAGAACCAGAACCAGCAGUAGUGGAGGCAGAACCAGAACCAACAGUGGUGGAGGCAGAGCCAGAACCAGCAUUGGUGAAGGCAGAACCAGAACCAACAGUGGUGGAGGCAGUGCUACAACCAGCAGUGGUUGAGGCAGAGUCAGAACUGACAGUUUUAGAAGCAAAGCUAGAACCAACAGUUGAGGAGGCAGAACCAGAACCAACAGGAAUGGAGACAGAGCCAGAACCAAUAGUGGUUGAGGCAGUGUUACAACCAGCAGUGGUUGAGGCAGAGUCAGAACCAAUUGUUGUGGAGGCAGAGUCAGAACUGACAGUUUUAGAAGCAAAGCUAGAACCAACAGCUGAGGAGGCAGAACCAGAACCAACAGGAAUGGAGACAGAGCCAGAACCAAUAGUGGUGGAGGCAGAGUCAGAACUGGUAGUGAUGGAGGCAGAGCCAGAACCAACAGUUGUAGAGGUAGAGCUAGAACCAACUGUUGUUGAGGCUGAACCAGAACCAACCGUGUUGGAGGCAGAGCAAGAACCAACAGUGGUGGAGUGGUGGAGGCACAGCAAGAACCAACAGUGA